AAAAAAAAAAAACCCAUUCCUGAAAAGAAUCGCCUCGCUCUCCCUCCCACGAGUCCCACCCCCACCCCUGCCAAAAAAAGGGUUUGCCCUAACUUCUCACCCCUGCGGCUGCGGCGGUGCGGCCCUGCCACCGACCCCUGCGGCGGUCCCCCUCUUCCCUUCCGGCCGCUCGCCGAACGCCAUCGGAAGCCCUCCUCUUCAGAAAUCGAAGAUCGAAGAUCGAGUUCUUCACUCUUCAGAAAUCGAAACCCUCCUCGUCGCCUCUUCCUCUUCCGCUUCCGCUUCCGCUUCCGCCAUCCAACGAUAGAUCAGUGAUCGGGUGGUUCUUUACAAAUACAAACCAGGAAAUUGCGGGCAAAGGCAAAGAAAAAAUGGCCUCAUUUCAAAACUAGGGGUGGGGUUUCAAGCAGCAAACGGCCACAUAUGCAUUCCCGACCUCAGUCAACUGCCAGGAGUGCAUUGACGAUCAGUCAAUAGCUAAGCGGUAGGUUUUGUGCAAUUUGCAAUGUGAGGCAUUUGACGAUGGUAUGUUCCUGCCUACACGGCCACCGUUACAAGUGCUGGUUGCGGAGGCAUGUUCAAGCCAACUGCCACCAAGGAUCAGAAAUCUCGAUGCCCGGAUCAUCAAAAGACGCAUCAUCCAUGUACAAUCAUUCACUGCGAAAUCCGACGUUCCCUCGGUGGCAAUGGUGGCUCUUGGUGGUUGUGAAUAUCUUCUUCCUCCUUGCCGGCCAAACCGUUGCUACCCUCCUGGGCCGAUUCUACUACAACCAAGGUGGAAAUAGCAAGUGGAUGGCCACAUUUGUCCAAACUGCCGGAUUUCCUUUCCUCUUCAUUCCUCUACUUCUUUUUCCUUCUCCUAAAUCCUCUUCCACGAUCAUUCCUACCACUCAACUCCCCCUUGCAAAACUUUCUCUUAUAUAUUUUUUAUUGGGCCUCAUAAUAGCUGCCGAUAACUUAAUGUACUCUUACGGUCUCUUAUACCUUCCGGUCUCAACUUACUCUCUUAUUUGUGCUAGUCAAUUAGCCUUCAAUGCAAUCUUCUCCUACUACCUUAAUGCACAAAAGUUCACACCUUCGAUACUCAACUCUGUCGUCCUUUUGACUUUCUCAGCCGCCCUCCUUGGUGUUAACGACGAUUCUGGGGGAUCAACUGAUAUCCCAAAGGGAAAGUACGCUUUAGGGUUUGUGCUGACACUGGGGGCAUCAGCCACCUACUCGCUCAUUCUCUCACUAAUGCAAUUGACUUUUGAGAAGGUUAUUCAGAGGGAAACUUUUUCAGUUGUACUGGAUAUGCAGAUAUACACUGCUCUUGUAGCAACUUGUGCUUCUGUGGUUGGGCUUUUUGCGAGUGGUGAGUGGAGGAGCUUGAAGGGAGAGAUGGAAGCAUAUAAAACUGGGACAGUGUCAUAUGUGAUGACUCUUGUAUGGACGGCUGUUUCUUGGCAAGUCGCUUCGGUCGGGGUGGUUGGAUUGAUUUUUGUAGUUACAUCUCUCUUCUCAAAUGUCAUUAGCACUCUUUCGUUACCAGUUGUGCCAAUUUUUGCGGUGAUCUUCUUCCAUGAUAAGAUGGAUGGUGUGAAGAUAAUGGCAAUGCUCAUUUCUAUUUGGGGAUUUGUUUCCUAUUUAUAUCAACACUAUCUUGAUGAUUCCAAGGGCAAGAAGCCGUCAACUAAUGCCCAGGAGGAAGCCUAGGGCGGGUGUCUCUAUAUUCGCUUGAGUAGUUGAUUCUCAGAAUCAAGUUAAAUCAGUUUGAAUUUGAGGAAAGCAGUAACUGCUGCCUGGGAGUAAAUCUAGGAUGUCUUCAUACUUUUCUUGCAAUUGAUUCUGAAGAUCCGGUUAGUUCAGUUUGAAGAUUGAGGUUGUCUUUUCAUAGAUGAUGGGUAAUUUUUUUUCCAUAAUGAUUUGUAGUUCUCUUUGAUGAUGAUUCGUACUGAUGUUUUUUCAACAUCGACUACCAUUUUCCUCUUCAGCUCCGUGCUUUGUUUCUUUUUUUCUUUGAUCUUUUUGUUCCCUUCCUUAUUCGUUGGGGUGAGUAAGUUUCAGAAUGUAGCUACUACUUUAUAAGACAAAUACAUAUGAGAAAUAAAAAAAAGUCGGUUCUGUUCCGCGGAAGCGGUGAUUUUAAUUUGUA